AUGCUCUUCGGAAUCAUCUUCGGCUCCAACCGCAUCUUCCAGCUGAUAACAUUGAUCCCCAUCGUGGGCAUGCUCUCCUGGUUCGUCGAGGGCUUCACAAGCGCAAACUCCCUGACCCCCAACUCGAUCCUCGUCCUCUUCAUUGUCUCCGUCAUCGCCUUCGCCUGGGCCUUCUUCACCCUCGUCCUCUACAACCGCUCCAAGCGCAACGCCCACUUCGUCGCCAUCGUCGACGCCCUCAUCUUCGGCGGCCUCAUCGCGGGCGUCUACUUCCUCCGCGGCAUCGCCUCGGCCAACUGCGUCGACGUCAGCGUCAACCGCUCCGACGACUGGACCGUCAACCUCGGCGACGUGCGCGUCAGCGGGCCCGGCGUGAGCGUGUCGUGGCGCACCUCGAAGCGCUGCGCCAUGCUCAAGGCCAGCUUCGCCCUGGGCAUCAUCAACGUCAUCCUCUUCUUCGUGACCACCAUUGUGGCAUUCUCGCACGGCGGCGGCUUCGGCGACUACGACGACUACGAGUACCGCACGCGCAGCCGGAGCCGCCACCACAGCGACAGGCACUCGCACCGCUCUGGGUCGAGGCACAGCCACCACUCGCACCACUCUCACCGUCGGGUGUAUGUGUAG